UCCGCCCGGCCGCUGCGGCAGUGUCUCGGAGGCGGGCAGGCGGCCGGUCCCUCCGGUCCCCCGGCAGCAUCCCGGCCCUGCCAUGGCUGGCGUCGGCUUCGCGGCGCACCGCCUGGAGCUGCUCGCCUCCUACCAGGACGUGAUCGGCGAGGACAGCCCCACCGACUGGGCCCUCUACACGUAUGAGGAUGGCUCUGAUGACCUGAAGCUGGCAGCGUCAGGAGGUGGAGGUUUGCUGGAGCUUUCCGGCCACUUUGAGAUCCAGAAGGUGAUGUAUGGCUUCUGCAGCGUCAAGGACCCCCAGGCUGUGCUCCCCAAAUACGUACUCGUCAACUGGGUGGGCGAGGAUGUGCCAGAUGCCCGCAAAUGCGCCUGCGCAAGCCAUGUAGCCAAGAUUGCUGAGUUCUUCCAGGGUGUCGAUGUCAUCGUCAAUGCCAGCAGUGUGGAGGACAUUGACCCAGGGGCCAUUGGGCAGCGGCUCUCCAACGGGCUGGCCCGUGUCUCCAGCCCAGUGCUGCACCGCCUGCGGCUGCGCGAGGACGAGAACGCCGAGCCCGUGGGCACCACUUACCAGAAAACUGACGCCACCGUGGAGAUGAAGCGGCUCAACCGGGAGCAGUUCUGGGAACAGGCCAAGGUGGCGUAUGGGGGAGCAGCCGGUAGCCCCUGGGAGCGGGCAGG